AACACCUUUAAGCUGGAGCUCACCCGAGACUGGCCUCCGUCAUUACAGCCACCUUCGUUCUCACCGCAUUCCCCUUCAUCUCCUUGUCAGCUAUAUAUCCAUCAUCGAUUCAACGUAUCUACCUACUAAUUCCACAAAAUCCCCGUCACUGCCAUGUCCACUCUUGAAGAUCUCGACGACCUCGAGCGCGAGGACCAGGACAAAAAGCAACAGCAACAGGGCGAUGGUGGCGACGAGAAGAAGCCGAGUGAGGAUGGCGAUGCUGAAAUGCAGGAUGCAAAGAAAGACGAGGCCGACGAUCUUCUUGAUGAAGAGCUCCUUGGAGCAAGCACAGAAGACAUCAAGAAGCGGCGGCGACUGCUAGACAACGAGCUGCGGAUCAUGAAGAGCGAGUUCCAGCGGUUGACACACGAGCAGAAUACGAUGAGGGAGAAGGUCAAGGAGAAUUUGGAUAAAAUUGAGAAUAACAGACAAUUACCAUACCUUGUCGGAAAUGUCGUCGAGCUCCUAGAUCUUGAUGUUGAAGCAGAAGCUGCCGAAGAAGGUGCCAAUAUUGAUCUCGACGCUACUCGCGUCGGAAAGUCUGCUGUCAUCAAAACAUCAACGCGUCAAACCAUCUUCCUUCCACUUAUCGGUCUCGUCGACCACGAGAAACUCAAACCUGGUGACCUUAUCGGUGUGAACAAGGACUCAUACCUUGUUCUCGACACUCUCCCGGCAGAGUAUGACAGCCGUGUCAAGGCAAUGGAGGUUGACGAGAAACCGACAGAGAAAUACAGCGAUGUCGGUGGCUUGAGUAAACAGAUUGAGGAGCUUGUUGAAGCCGUUGUCUGGCCAAUGCAAGAAGCCGAAAAGUUUAAGAAGAUUGGCAUUAAAGCGCCUAAAGGUGCCCUCAUGUACGGACCUCCAGGUACCGGUAAAACUUUACUUGCCCGUGCUUGUGCUGCUCAGUCAAAUGCCACUUUCCUCAAGCUCGCAGGUCCUCAACUCGUACAAAUGUUCAUUGGUGAUGGUGCUAAGCUAGUGCGUGACUGUUUCGCUCUGGCGAAAGAAAAGGCUCCAUCUAUCAUCUUCAUCGACGAACUCGAUGCGGUCGGCACAAAACGUUUCGAUUCCGAAAAGUCCGGAGACCGUGAAGUUCAACGAACCAUGUUGGAACUCCUCAACCAACUCGACGGCUUUGCAUCAGAUGACCGCGUCAAGGUGCUCGCCGCCACUAACCGUGUCGACGUACUCGAUCCCGCAUUGCUACGAUCCGGCCGUCUAGACCGCAAAAUCGAAUUUCCUCUCCCCAACGAGGAAGCCCGAGCCCAAAUCCUACAAAUCCACUCGCGUAAAAUGACCACGGACGACGGCGUCAACUGGGCUGAACUGGCUCGUAGUACCGACGAAUUUGGUGGCGCAAUGCUGAAAGCCGUGUGCGUGGAAGCCGGUAUGAUUGCGUUGAGGAAGGGCAUGAACAAGGUCAACCAUGAGCACUACGUGGAUGCAAUUGGAGAGGUGCAGUCGAAGAAGAAGGACACGAACAUGGGUAUCUACGUUUAGAGUUUCUAUCUAGGCUCGCUUUUCACAUUGGCCAUCUGUCCUCUUGUAUUGUUAAUUUAAAUCGAUGAUAAUGAUAUAAGCUGCCACCCUGCAUAACUAGAGAAUACACUAGCAUUUACAUGACCUGAAAAUCUCACAGAUUCAACGUUGAAUCGAUACAUGUAGUGUGGCUAUCACCCUAUAUACUUAUUUCCAAUUUAC